AUGGAUCCGGUAAACGUGAUAUGCGGUGCUGCAGAGCCCUCCGAAAUUACAUUCAUUUACGAUUGGCUGGUGCCGAUAUUUCGCCCAAUAAAUGAAUGUGUAACAGCUGUUCGUUCUGUGACAACAUUCUCUGCAAUGGACAGUUUUCGUGUGCCACGUGAUUCGGAAUUUGUGGAAUCGCUAACGCAAUGUUUCACGGACCAGGCAAACAGCGGGAAGACGAUUAUUAUAACGGUCGAUCUUAUGUUCACUGCCGAAUCGUUCAAUUUAAACUUUAAUAGUUGGAUGAGCACCGUUCCAUCUCCACCAGCCGAUACCGCCAACGACUUUCGAUUCAAAGUACUGGUGUUCAUGAUCACGGGAACGUUCGAGAUGCCACAAAAUCUGACUCCCGAACUGGCCAGAGAACUAAUUGAUAUUGCUAUACAUUUCAAACCUUUGAAUCGUGACGCUUUGAGGAAUACCCUUCAUCGCGCCCUCUGCGAACUGUUGAUACAGACACCGAAUACGGAUCAUCGUGCUCUGUAUGAACGUUUACGACGUAGUGGCUUCUUGUUGACUGUAUCACCUCUCUCAAGAAUUGACUCAAUCCGUCGGCAAUCGCUAAAGUGCCGACGAGUGUUCCGAUAUGGACGAAAACCUGAUCAGGAUUUGAAUAAUAUGCAAGAAAAUCCGAGCGAAAAUGUCUGGAAUGAUGUGGAUUAA